CCCGGAGCCAAAGCCAGGAGUAAACUCAUUUCACUGUCAAACGAAGCUGGGGCCAGUUGCACCCGACCAGGAACAGUAUCCGGUCACACAGGCUCUCCAUGGGGCACGAUGCUUUCAUGGAUCCCUUCAGUAGCAAAGCUCACUUCCUGCUGUAUGAGAUAUGCAUCCUGACAAUAGGCUCUUAUGGAGAUGUUACAGUUACAGUGCCAAACAUAUUGAUCCUGGGAACUGUUGGACAACCUUUACUGCUCCCUGCAAACUACACCACUGGAACUAAAGAUCACAACAUUCAGAUAACAUGGACUUUCCAAAGUCAAUCUUCAGGCUCUAUGCUUCUGGUAACUGCUGUGAACAAUACCUUGACUCCUGACAUGGAACAUGGACACAGGUUUUUCUUGUCCCCUCCCAGUGCUUCAUUACUGAUUAACCCAGUGGAAUUACGUGAUGAUGGUGAAUAUACUAUUAAAGUGACUGUUUCUGGGAUGAAGCUGGCAUCAGCGAGUCGUCAACUAAUUGUACAAGUCAACGUUCCUGUUUCUAAACCAGUCGUGCGUAGUGAUCCAGCUUGGGGGGCAGUGGAGUAUGUGGACAAUGCAACGCUCUCCUGCACUGUGACUAGAGGCACAAAGGUCAUUUAUCAGUGGCUAAAAGAUGGGAAACCCUUACUGCCAAGCUCUCGUCACAUCUUUUCCUCAGACAACAAGAUGUUAUUCAUUUCUCCCGUUUUAAAAGACGACCUUAGCAAUUACACAUGUGUGGCAAAGAACCCAAUCAGCAUGAAUGAAAGUGAACCAAUUGCACCAAAUAUUUACUAUGGUCCCUAUGAUUUAAUGGUGAAGUCUGAACCACGAUUCAAAGUUAGUGAAGGAGUGUUCACUGCUGGUAAAGGAGAGCCAGUCUGGUUUAAAUGUUCAGCAAAUUCCAACCCACCAAAUGUCUACUCGUGGUUUCAGAAAGCUGACAACAAGACAACACCCAUCCAGUGGGGGCCAGUGUUAAAUAUCAAGUCUGAGAAAGUACCUGACAAAGCUGACUACAUGUGCUGUGUCUACAACAAUAUCACUGGCAAACGGGAUGAAACUCAAUUCACUUUCAUACUCUCUGCUACUGGUCAAGAAAAACUGAAACAAAAAGGAAGUUCACUUCAUUCAUUGGGAAUAAUUGUUGGAAUGUCACUGACUCUGAUUGUCUGUAUACUUCUUUACUUUCUUCUGAGAAGAUAUUUUCCACGAAAAGUUAUUAAAGAAGAGCUGUAUCACAGGUCACCAGCAUAUUAUACACAAGCACAUCAAGUAUCAGAGGAACGAGAGCCUCCUGUGGAUGAUUAUGGAAUAUAUGAAUUUGUUGCUGUACCAGAGCCAACACAGUUUCAACAGGUUCGGCCGGAAAAAUUGAAAACAGUGUAUGACAUUAUUCGAGAGCCAAAUGCUCACACUACUGUUUAUGAAGUAAUUUGUCAUUCACCAAAAACAUCCUGAUGCUUGGUCGAUCACAACAGUUGGAUGCUGCAUUUUGUCAGAUGCAAGAAGAUUGAGACAGUCAUGCAAUGUCCGUUUGUUUUGCAACAAACAUUAAUGACAGACAAGGUCAGACAUCAAAAAGUGGAACAUUUUACAUUCCAGUAAUUUGGCCAAUCAAAGAGAAGCAUUUUCUCCCAAGAAACAAAAACCAACUAGUGAUGCAGUUUGCAAAUAUUUCUCUACAUACUUCAAUCAAUGUCACGUGCUAAUGUUUCUGCAGAAAAUGUAAUAUGAAAUCAAGAAUAUGUUUAAUGACUAUAAUUCAUUUUAAGCAUUAUGCAAUAAUUGUCUUUACUCAGAAAUUGUCUCUAACAUCCUGUGUAAGCGUUGGUUUACAUUUUCUAUGAGACUUUAAUUAUAUAAUAAUAUGCAGAACAUAUUAAUAGAUAAAGGGCUUUUAAAAAGGAUAAAUCUCAGUCCUUCCCAAUCCUGAUGGGAUGGAAGUCUUCCCUUUUGCCUAACUGAAACUGUCUAUAGAAUAAUGAUAUUUUCUUCCAGACUACCAGACAUUGAAUUGCAAACCACUUAAUUAAAUUGUCUCUAUUUUUUGUACUAUUUCCCGUGACAUGCACAUUUGUCUGAAUAAGAGAAGUCAUGUAAAAAUGGGUGUGUGAAUGAACAACAAUUUUAAAUUCGAA